AUGGUGCUUGGCUACGAUGCAGCCAGUACGCACCCUACAAGUACAUCCACAAUUGCGCCGUCGUCGUCACCGUCUUCGCUGUCGCCCACGGCCGUCGCCGACCAUGGACUUACACAUCAACAGGGCUUUGGGACUAUCACCGAAAAGGAUUCGCCGCGUAACAUGACUCCUGACGAUGGGGAUCUGGAAAGGCGCCCGCCUAUUCUGCAAUGCAUGCUUGCAGGCGGCUUAGGAGGGACGAGUGGUGACAUGCUCAUGCACUCGCUCGACACGGUAAAAACUCGACAACAAGGCGAUCCGCACAUUCCGCCGAGAUAUACCUCGCUGGGCUCAUCAUACUACACAAUCUUCCGACAAGAAGGCAUCCGACGGGGCCUCUACGGCGGCUGGCUCCCGGCCCUCUUGGGAUCCUUUCCCGGAACCGUCUUGUUCUUCGGCACUUACGAAUACAGCAAGCGGCACAUGCUGGACUAUGGCGUCCAGUCCAAUCUCGCCUACCUGCUCAGUGGGUUCCUCGGCGACUUUGCCGCCUCUAUCGUCUACGUACCAUCGGAAGUUCUCAAGACUCGCCUCCAACUUCAGGGCCGCUAUAACAACCCCUACUUCGCCUCUGGAUACAACUACAAGGGCAUGACCGACGCUGCGAGGACCAUUGUUCGCAGAGAGGGAUUUUCGGCCCUCUUCCACGGAUACAAAGCGACUCUUUACCGCGAUAUGCCCUUUUCCGCCCUGCAGUUCAUGUUCUACGAGCAGGCUCAAAGCUGGGCGCACAACUAUAUGGGAAGCCGCGACAUUGGGUGGCAGCUGGAACUGUUGACGGGUGCUGCGGCAGGAGGUCUUGCUGGUUCUAUGACGUGCCCACUCGAUGUCGUCAAAACCAGACUUCAGACCCAGGUUGUUCCGGACCCCACAACAACAUCGUCGAUCGGCUCCGGCUCAGCGACAACACAAGUGUCCACGAAGGACGGAACCGUCAAGUCGUCCGGCACCACGGAGAGCUCCACACAAAAGCUCCAGAAAAGAUUAAUAUCGACAUCGUCACCAUCAACCCACACGCCGCGACCGGGAGCCGUUACCUUGGACACGUCUUCGGUAUUCACGGGGUUGAGGUUGAUUUACCAGACAGAAGGCAUUGCCGGGUGGUUUAGAGGCGUCGGACCCCGUGCAGUCUGGACCAGCAUCCAGAGCGGCUGCAUGCUGUUUUUGUACCAGGCGAUUCUGCGUCAGUUGGAGACUCAUCUGCCCGGAGAACAGGAACGCUCAGAGGUGGCUUAA